CUAUUGGCCUUUCAUUACAUUCAUGUUCCACAAGCACACAAUAUUACAAGUUAUCCAUCAUCCAUAUAUAACAGAUAAAGUGAUAAAACCAUUUUUUCGUUCCAUCUAACAAAUUCAGCUACUGCAACCUUUGUCUAAGUUAUGGCUUUAGCCAUUUCCUCCACUUCAUUAUCAAGUUUUGCAAACAGAGAAAUAUGUCAAAAGGUUUUCACACAAGGAACAGCAACAACAUCAUGGUUAAGCAGAAGAAGAAGCAUUACAAUUAGAAAUGCAACAAAAGGAGUGUCAGAUGUAUGUGAGCCACUUCCUCCAGAUAGGCCAUUGUGGUUCCCUGGUAGUUCACCUCCUGAAUGGCUUGAUGGCAGUCUUCCUGGUGAUUUUGGUUUUGACCCUCUUGGAUUAGGGUCUGAUCCAGAGUUACUUAAAUGGUUUGCACAAGCAGAGCUAAUGCAUUCAAGAUGGGCAAUGUUAGGAGUAUCAGGAAUUCUAGUACCAGAGCUACUUCAAAACAUUGGUUAUGUUGAAAACUUCUCUUGGUUCAAUGCUGGUUCUGUUGAAUACUUUACAGAUCCAACAACCCUAUUCAUUGUGCAACUAGCUUUAAUGGGCUGGGUUGAAGGUAGAAGAUGGGCUGAUAUAGUUAACCCAGGGAGUGUUGACAUUGAGCCCAAGUUACCAAAUAGGCCCAAUCCAAAGCCUGAUGUUGGUUAUCCAGGUGGGUUGUGGUUUGAUCCAAUGAGAUGGGGAAGAGGUUCACCUGAGCCUGUUAUGGUUUUGAGGACUAAGGAGAUUAAGAAUGGGAGACUUGCUAUGCUUGCUUUUGUUGGGUUUUGUUUUCAAGCUAUUUACACCGGGAAUAGUCCUAUUGAAAAUUUGAUGGCUCACCUUGCUGAUCCUGGUCACUGCAACAUUUUCUCGGCUUUCACUUCAAGGUAGUGAGUGCUAUAUGAUUUGGAGAAGCAUCAGAAUGAACCUGAAUAUAAUGCUGUGCUAGAAAUAUCCAUUAUUUAUAAAUUAUAUGUAAUGUGUUUCAUAAUCUGAGUUUUACAAUUGACACGAGAUUUUAUUCUUUAAAACAAAAUGAAAAUAGAAUUGUUUUUUCAAUUGUUUUCUGCUUUCCAUGUAAUUCAUAAUUUGGAAAGCUUGAAGCUUCUUGUAUGAUAUAAAACUGGAUCAUUUAAUUUGCAUCAGUUGAUCCGUGAUACUGCAAAGAGUUGUGUUCAAAUGCUCUGUAACCUCAGUCACAAUUGCAUUGCGGUUUUAGCAAUAUAAAAAACUGUUAUGUUGCGUCC